AUGGCUCCUUACAAGUAUACUCAGCUUGGAAGAGAAAAUGAAGAGAUUAGACUGUUGAGUCUAAUGCCAGGCGCACGAGAUGACGACAUCUCCAUGCACAUUUUCCAUGUACCACUAAUUAUUCCACCCCGGGAGACUAGUGAAAUCAAGAGAUUUUCACUUGAAGAUUUGCAAAGAACUCUCCCGGACGAUAUGUAUGCCAUGAAAACAAUCGAUGGGCGAUAUAUUUUCAAACACCACAAGGGAAAUCCAAAUUCGUGGGACCAUCCAGAUCCGAAUCUUGAUCGCGCUCUUUAUGAUUCGCCGAAACACAGAAAUUUUGCGGAAAACAUACCUAAUUAUGAAGCCCUUUCAUAUGUCUGGGGGUCUACCGAGAAUCCAAUCACAGCACAUGUGCUAGGCGAAACUUUGUCAACAACACAAAUUGGGGCUUCUCUUGCUGUUGCACUUAGACAAUUAAGGUACACCGAUAAGCCGCGAACACUAUGGGUAGACGCUAUAUGUAUCAAUCAAAAUGACAUUCCCGAGCGAAGUCGCGAAAUCGGACGCAUGAGAAACAUCUUCUCUUUCGCAGAUCGAACUAUCAUCUGGCUUGGAGAAGAAGCUGACGAUAGUACAAGCGCUUUGUCUACUAUUCAGCAUUUCGCCGAACAGGUCGAGUAUAUAGGUGGAGGGUUAGUUGCAUAUACUCCUGGAACCAAGCUAUUAGAAUGGAGACACUCAAACUUUCAUCUGCCGUAUGACACCAAAACAUGGUCAUCCAUAAGAGCUCUUUUCCAGAGGUCUUGGUUCAGUCGAGUCUGGGUCCUACAGGAAGCUUUACUUGGGGAUCAGGGAUCAUCAGUACAGUGCGGUAGUACCUCUAUUCCUUUCACUGCUCUUCGAAAAGCAAUGUUGGUGCUUGGAAGAAAAGUCACGACACCAAGCGACAUACGCUCCCAAUUAAUGUCAUACUCUCCAGGAGUUCUGCCUGAACCCAUGAGAGAGUUACCCGAGCUUCUGAGAUGGGCUAAGCAUCGCAACUGCAGCGAUCCUCGUGAUAAAAUAUAUGGGGUACUAGGACUAGUGUCGCCUUCAAUUGCCGAAGAAAUUACGUGCGACUAUUCUAUGCCUGUGGCAAAAGUGUAUAAGAGUGCAGUGCUCAGUCACAUAAUUGUCACAAAGCGGCUGCACCUGCUCCAACACUGUCAGUUGAUCCAAAGUUUUGGAGACGGACCAUCAUGGGUUCCGAAUUGGUCUUUUGAAGAUAGAAGUAUUAUGAUAGGUAUUGUCUUGGGAAGAUAUGCAGCAGGCUCUUCUGCUGCUGUAACACUGUAUCGAGCGCCAAACACUUUGGAAGUUACCGGUGUAUUUCUCACAAGAGUAACUUCAGUUAAAACUAAAGGUUCAGGCAAUGCAAGGGAAACUUUCCAAGCAAUUCGUAAAUGGGAACCUGAAGGUCUCAAUUCCAGAGACUAUAUCGCAGGUGGCUCUUUGAUUGAUGCAUUCCUCGAGACUAUUUAUCAAGGGCGUACUAAGGAGAGAUAUCCCGGACUUCGCAUUCCACAUUCCUGGGAGCUCCGCCAAAGCUAUUUGGAAGCUGUUGAUAAAGACAAUGAAAAUCGAGAUGCGAUACUGAAUUAUGUUUAUGGAUUGAAUUUUGGUGCCAUGGCAUUCAUAGCAACAGAAGAAGGAUAUAUGGGGAUAGGAUCACUUGGAGUUGAGCAAGGUGACUAUGUAUGUGUACUAUUGGGAACAGAGCUUCCGAUUGUCCUACGUCCAACACCAUCUGAAGAGUUUCUAGUUGUAGGAUCCUACUUCAUUCAUGGUUUAAUGGAUGGAGAAGCUCUACUUGGUCCUAUACCAAGUCCAUGGAAGACCGAACUAUACCGAAGAAAAGAUUCAGGGUACUCAACUCACUUUGUCAAACCGAACGAGAAAACUCUUGAUGACCCACGUCUCCCUCCUCUAUCUUCUGAAUGGAUAGAAGUCAAUAGAGAUGACGGUCCGUGGCCCAUCGGCAAAUUCUUCUUCAAUAAUGUUGUGACAGGCGAGAUGAUGGAUUCUGAUCCUAGAAUGCUUCCACAAGCAUUGGUUGAAAGAGGUGUGGAACUGCGGAAAUUCAGGCUGAUAUAA